GAAAGAAUAUGACUUACUUCAUCAUAUUGGUUCUCACACAUGUUUGAGAUUAGGAGCCUGUGGAUUCCUGCUUAUUUUGGUGACAUUUUCAUGGCAGUUUGAGAGUGCAAUGGAUUUGAAAAGACAUAAGAGUGCACAAUUGACCAAAGUUUCUGAGUCCUCCAUUCCUGAGUACAAGACUCCGUUACAUAUUGAGAGAUAUGCUUCCUCUGUUUAUAAUCAUUCAAAUCUUUAUCUCGUUCAGAAGGAAAUAUGUUGUGCUUGCUUUUCUUGUGCUGUUUUUAGUCUCGAACAUGAAGGUUGCGUAUUUAAGUAUAUCAUAUCAGAUGAUCGAGGUUUUAGUUUCACUGUUGUGCACAACACUAGUGACGGUACUACACUUUGCUCCUGCAAACAUUUUGAAAGGCUUGGAAUAUUGUGUCGUCACAUAUAUUAUGUUUUGAAAGAUAAGAAGGUCAAUGCAAUUCCAG